AGGAAUGAAAAAUCAAUAAUACAGCUUUGCUCUCGUUCAAAGUCGAGAUCGUCAAGGAACAAUCGAUCAGAAAGAAACGCUCGGUACUGUGUGGAUUGUGAAGAACUAGAACCACUGUAUUGUGAAAUUAGAAUCCUAACCCAAACGCUCCACGAUGGCCGACAACGAACAGAAAGCGAUGCAGCUGAUGGCAGAGGCGGAGAAAAAAUUAAACUCGUCGAAAAGUUUUUUCGGAUCGCUAUUCGGCGGUGGUUCGAACAAGGUGGAGGAGGCCGUAGAAUGUUACCAGCGGGCGGCAAAUAUGUUUAAAAUGGCUAAGAAAUGGAGCCAGGCAGGAUCGGCCUUCUGUGAGGCGGCCAACCUGCAUGCGAAGGCAGGUAGUCGACACGAUGCGGCCACCAACUACGUGGAUGCAUCAAACUGUUAUAAGAAAACCGAUCCAAAUGAAGCUGUGAACUGCCUGCUAAAGGCGAUUGAUAUUUACACCGACAUGGGCAGGUUCACGAUGGCUGCAAAACAUCACCAGAGCAUUGCGGAAAUGUACGAAAAUGAAGCGAACGAUUUGCAAAGAGCCGUGCAGCAUUAUGAACAGGCGGCCGAUUACUUCAAGGGCGAAGAAUCCACCAGCUCGGCUAACAAGUGCAUGCUGAAGGUGGCACAGUAUGCCGCUCAGCUAGAGGACUACGAAAAGGCGAUACAGAUCUACGAACAGGUGGCCGGAUCCUGUCUCGACAGCUCGUUGCUGAAGUACAGCGCAAAAGAAUACUUCUUCCGUGCGGCCCUUUGCCACCUCAGUGUGGAUCUGCUGAAUGCUCAACACGCGAUGGAGAAAUACGCACAACAGUACCCAGCAUUCCAAGACUCUCGAGAAUACAAGCUUGUGAAGACACUCUGCGAACAUUUGGAGGAACAAAACGUGGAUGGGUUCACUGAAGCCGUCAAGGAGUAUGACAGCAUCUCCAGGCUGGACCAAUGGUACACCACAAUCCUGCUGCGAAUCAAGAAGCAGGCCAACGACAAUCCGGACCUGCGAUAAGCAGCUUACACCAAGAAUAUCUAUCACAAUCGCUCUCGAUUGGUCUAUUUGUGCAUCCCGCUCGCGGUGGCAAUCGGCAAACACACACCAACCGUUGUUUAGUUGUUGGGCCGCACGUUAGGUUCGUUGAAUGAUUAUUAUUUACCGAGUGCAUUGUAGUUUGUGUUCGGCUCAUUCGACACUCACUCUAUUUGCUAUCUUUUUUGUUGCGGUCUCGAAUGGCGGUAUGGUACCGGGCGUGAACACUUUUAACCCAUCUAUCCCACUGGAUUUAAUGGAAACAACAAUUUUAUCUUCUAUAAAGCUAAGUAUAAUAACGGAAAGAAGAAAAAACACACACACGAUAUUCGCUGAACACAAACAGUAAACUGUAAAAAUUAUCGAAAUUACCACCCCGCGUUUAGUGUUAAUAACUUUGUCACCCCGCAAAUCCUCCCUAGCAGGGAUCGCGAUCUUUCGUCGUCACAUCCGUUUUUUUUACCUCGACAACCGGGAACCGUUUAUUGCGUUUACAUAUAUACGUACGUUGAGUCUUACCUGUAGCAUGCUAAUUAUAUUUUGUUUUGUUAAUAAAUUUAACUGCACUAGGUAUUAAGACGUUAAAGCAAGCACGCACGUAUCUUACAGUAAAGGACAAAUACACAAGCGUGAAUGGAUUGAGUGAAGGAUUGCGAUCGAGAAACUACUGGACACAUCUACACAUACCCACUACAGUGCAAAAAGGAAGCUUUCUCGUCCUGGCUCUUUAUCGUCCCGGGACGUGGAUUUGUUUUAUGCUGCGUAUUAUAAAUUAUUGCCUGCCAGCAAUAGCAAAAAAACGUUCAAUAGGCUAGUGAAUGCGGUCCUUUCGGUUUGUACGAAGCCGUUCGGUACCGGACGAUUCCGCUUCCGAGGGGGCGCUUCGAAGAAAAUGGGGGGCAUUAACAAGUAAUAAUAGUAAUGAUUCGCUACCAUUCGACAUUAGACGAAAAAUAUAGAGUAACUAGUAAAGAAAACAAGUAUGUAUCUUCAAACCCAACCCAACAACACCGGCUGCAAGGACAGUAGCGAGGAGUUAGAAUCAGAUCGCAUUGUUACUACCAUAUACUUAUACUCGUGGCGUACGCUGGCUCGUGUGCAGUUGUGUAGAUCCCUUGCCACGUAUAGCAAUUACCACAUCCAUUCGAUCCUACCACGAAUCAUUAUCAGGCCACCAGUGGCAUGUUACGUGCUAAGUAAUGGAUUAUGAGCGGAACAGGCAGAUCGUUACAGAUACACGAUCAGCAAGUUAUUAGCAGCACUAGCAACAAAAAAAACGUUAAAACGGCCUGGAAAUGAAGGGCUGGAAUUAUCACUUUCUUGCUAAACAAAAAAAAAACAAAACAACAUUGAACUAUUACUCAUGUAAACGAAGUGAAAGGGAAUUAAAAGCAUAAUGUAUUCUCGAUAAUA